AUGCAGGUGGGAACUCAUCUCCUUGAGUCAACUCCUCAGCUUCAGCUUCAGCUUCCAUGUCAAAGGCACCAUCUUGAAGUCCACUUUCAGCCAGCUUCUUCCACUCACAGGCCCCUCCACACACUCCUCUGCCUCAACAUAUUCUUCAAAAAGGAUAUCAUCAAAACCACUGUCAGUGUCCCUACUUGCACAAAAGUCCUCAUCCACAGAUUGGUCACCCUCAUCCUCAAGCACACUCCUAUCUCCAUCACCUACAGGCACACUCCUAUCACCAUCACCUACAGGAACACCCCCAUCACCUACAACAACACCUCCAUCACCUACAGAAACACCCCCAUCACCUACACUUCUAUUUGCUGUUUUCUCAGCAACUAA